CUGAUGCACAAACGGACCACUGCACCUCUCUCUCGCUCUCUUUUGCUCUGUGGGACUCUCACUCAAUGUCACUUACAGAAGGAGAGGCAGAGAGAGAGGGAGAUGAAAGUGAAGGGAUAGCUGCAGAAGCACGUCAUUUGGAUAUUCUGGAAGCUCUGCAGAAAAGCGUUCCUUGGAUUUUUUUUUCCAUCAGAAUUGGAUGCAGGACUAAACACAACCUUUCAAAACUCACAUGAAAUGCUUCUCUUUGACUGAGGUCACAGGUCUCUGGCACACAAGCAGGACAACAAGUCGACUUUUGGAACCAAACGCGACUCGUCGUUUUAGAUUGGAGGGACAAACACUGCGCCCGAGACAAUUGCAGGUUACGGUGAAGUGAGAACACUCAGAGGUGGUUCGAAGAUUGUGAUUUGGAUGCUUGAGUUAUGUGCCGCUGUGGUUGACAAGUGAGGCAGAGCAUCCACAGACAUUCAGAGGUAUAGGCAGAGUCUGUGAGGUGGUUGCUGACUGCUCAGUGAGAAGACAAGACAAGGAGGGACUGAAGUUUUGUGAUCAAAUCUGAAAGGGAAUUAUUUUUCUCUACUAUGAAGAAGUGCGCUGUUUGGAGUCACCUUUUCUCAAGCAUAAGAUAGAUAAGAUAUGAUAACCUUGUCACAGUAAUGCUCAACAAAACAGUUUUUUGAGUCUUAGGCAACUCUGACGGACCAAUGAAGGAGUCAGACCAGACCAAGGAUAAUCCCCUGACGUGGGAUUUUGACGAGUCUUGGGGUUCAAUCUUCAAGCCCGCUGCAGGUCUUUGCCUCAACACCUUGGAUUUCUCAGACCUCUGGGAUGAGGAAGACAGCACGGAGGACGAGGGAACCAGUUUGAUCAAUGAAUCAUCAACGCAACUCCAGGCCCCUCCGGCACCCCCUCCACUUCCUCCGCCUCCCCCUCCUCUUGCCCCAGCUUUGCCCUCAGCCUCCCUUAAAGGUACGCCCAUCAAAAGUCGCACCUUAAAGCUCCACUGGAGGGAACUGCAAAGUUUGGCACCACUUCCCAGGAUGACCCGCUUUGGGUCUCAGACUAUUUGGGCCGGCCUUGAACCAGUCCAUUUGGAUACAAACCGACUGGAGUACCUGUUUGAGUCUAAGGGCAGUAGCACCUGCUUUAGUGUGGCUUCUGGGCGACAGAAGCAGCCAUCAGUCUCAGUGUUGGGGAUGAAGCGAAGUAACAUCAUAACCAUUGCACUGAGCAGCCUGCCUCCUCCCCGCCUCCUCCCCCCUGCUAUCUACAGCAUGGACAGCAGCGUGCUGGACAGAGAGGAUGUUCAGCGGCUGCAGGCCUUAAUCCCAACAGAGGAGGAACUUUGCCUGAUCAAGGACGCCAAGGCCCAGAACCCCCACUCUCAUCUAGCCCAGGCCGAGCUCUGCCUCCUCACUUUAGGAGAAAUCUCUCACCUGAGCUCCAGGCUUCAGCUGUGGGCCUUCGCUCUGGACUACGACUCCUUAGAGAGGGAAAUUGCAGAGCCUCUCUUCCAUUUGAAGCUGGCCAUGGAGCAGCUAGCAGCCAGUCAGACCUUUAAAUGUAUUCUGGCAACAGUGUUAGCAAUUGGUAACUUUCUAAAUGGGUGUAAGGCGCGUGGUUUUGAGCUGAGUUACCUGGGCAAGCUGUCCCAGGUGAGGGACACACACUCCCGCCAGCCCCUGCUGCAUCACGUCUGCGUGCUCCUGCUGCAGCUCUACCCACAAUCCUCUGAUCUCUACUCCGACAUCAGCGCUGUUACUAAAGCUGGCAAGUGUGACUACUCCCUAGUCCAGUCCAACCUUUCUCAGCUAGAGGCCCUGUGCAAAGCAUCAUGGGAGCAGCUGAAGGUACUUGAUAAAGCUGAGGAAAAGAGGAAAGGAGGAAAAGGGGAUAAGAGGAGGGGAGGAGGAGGAGAUGAGGGUUCACUACGUCACCGGCUGCCGAAGAUUUUGAAAGAGUGCGAGGAGAGGCUCAAAGUCCUCAGAGCUGUCCAUCGUCGGGUUAUCAACAGGUUCCACUCUUUCCUCUUAUUCCUGGGCUACUCUCCGAGCAAUGGUGAGAGACACCAAAGCAGAGGACUUCUGCAAAACCAUCAGUAACUUUUCUCUGGAGUACAGGACAAUGCGACAGAGCAUCCUGCUUCAGAGAGAGCGAGAACAACAGAAAAACAGAGCAGAAAGCCCAGGCCUCAACACUCCCGUAGGCAGGAGGAAACAAACUCAACAAACUCCCACACAGAGUGAGAAAAGUGAGGAGCAGUGUAAGCUGGAAGAGGUGCUGAGAACACCUGAGUCCACCUUGAGGCUGGAUGCCACUCUGCCUCGAAACCGAAGGAGGAUGGCUGACAUCCAAGGUUCAUUGUCUCGGAAACUGACGUGGUGAUCCUGCUGAUAUACUUUCUGAAGCCGUUCAGUCACUGAAUCACUGGUGUUUUUGAAUGAACUUGUGACAUCGCUGCCACAGUCAGUUUUGCAGCGCAAAGUUAUUUAGCAAUAUGGAAAUGGACAGGUGCCUAACAUAUCAUGUGCCAUUCAGUUUUUAAAGUAUGUUUUAGUUUGAAAGUGAAGAUGAAUUAAAGCUCUGUUUUGAUAGCAAAUUUAACAUCUAUACAUUUGUGUGCGCACUUUAAUGAGCAAAAUCAACAUUUGAAUGUACAAGAAUCUUAAUGUAUCAAAAUAUCCAAAAAGAGAACACAUUAAAGGCAUUGGCAUAAGCAUUUGUCAAAAUAAAACCUCAAAAUACAAUAAAGUUUUCCUGAAUUCUACGUUACAUUAAGUUACAUUGUAUUCU